AUUUUCCCGCCCGCCGCCCAAACCUUUUGUUUUACGAAAAGGCAGCACUUGUGUGUAGUUACCAAAAAUCUUAACUGAGUUCAACCUAGGAAGGGAAAUAAGGCCGACUGGUUCCGAAUUUUUCUGACACUCGGCCUGGAAGUGCUCUGCUUUUGCUUUUUUAAAGAGAUUUGAAGAAGCCAAAGCAACCGCGACUAUAAGAAACUUAGUUUUAAAUUAAAUACAUGGUACCGCCGUUUAGCUGAGAUCCUUCCCCAGGGCUCUUUUAUUCUGUUAAAUGUGGGAGCCGGACCGUGAUCUCCAAGGCGCCUUUCAGAUCUCCGAUCUCUGACCUACAGCCAACUGGUGCAUCCCAAGAGUGAGUGUCCUAGGCAACAAAGGAAGAAGCUGCAGAUCUAAGGCCACACAAGUUACACAGAACCACUUCUGCUGCAGUUUUCUCUCUAAAAUAUAUCAGAGAACCAGCCAAAAUACAAGGGAAAGAGUAAAAGAUUCUGCCUCUUUUAGGACAGCGUCAAAGUCACAUCAAUGGAAAGAAUUUACUGCACACGGCAUCUAAGGCCACCAUUGGACCCACGUUCAACCAACCAAGCAAACCUUUAACCACUCCCAGAUGCUUAGGCAAGCAUGGUGAAUCCAUGGUCUUUGGAGAAUAGAAAAAAGCAGAAGAGAAAAUACUCAUAUGGGAGACACAAAAAGAAUUGAUGAGUAGUAACCGAAAAGAAAGGAAAUCCAAGAUGCUCUCAGUUUAAGCAGAGCAUUUAUUGGAAUUUUCAAGCAAGUCACAGUCAAAUGUGGAGGUUAUUCAAGAAAACUGGGAUCAAACAAAAAGGAUUCCCUGUAGAGAAGAAAGGAAACUCCUAGAAAGCUGAAGGAAGGCUAAAGAACGACAACCAAGACCAUUGUCUGAGGUCCGUCCACUCCAUUGCCUCACAUGUGGUCAGCGAUAAACCCCUCACUGGCCCCUGCUACCACCCUUGGCCUCCUCACAGAACGGAAAUCUGGAAGGAAGAUUGUGUCACUGGUCCACAUCCAUCACUGAUGGCCCAUUUCACAGGUCUGAAGAAAGCACAGGCUUUUCCCAUAAGAAGGUAAAAAAUAUUUUUAAAGACUACAUAGACUGCUACAAUCACAAAGCAAAUCCUUGGAUAUCCCCCAAGAGCUUUUCUGAGGCCAGCUACUCCAGGUGUGGCCCAAGGACCAGCAGCCUCAGUAUCAUCUGGGAGGUGGCCUCACCUUGCAGAAUGUUGGUCUCACCUUGACCUACAGAGUCGGAACUGAAUUUGAACAGCCCAACCAGGCCUCCCUCUUUCAAGCGCCUUUUGUCCUAUUUCCCCUCUUCCUUCUGAGAAGAUCUACAAUGAAUAAGGAGUAAUUUUUUGCCCAACCAUGAUUCAAAAGGAAGUUCAGCUACAGAACAGCCUGAAGUUUGUGACUCUCCUGGUGGCCCUAGUUCCAGAGCUCCUAUUCCCGGGAGCUGGAGUGCAGCUUCAAGACAAUGGGUAUGAUGGAUUACUCAUUGCAAUCAAUCCUCAGGUAUCUGAAGAUCAGAACCUCAUCCCAAACAUUAAGGAAAUGAUAACUGAAGCUUCUUUUUAUCUAUUCAAUGCUACCAAGAGAAGAGUGUUUUUCAGAAAGAUAAAGAUUUUAAUACCCACCACGUGGAAAGCUAAUAAUUACAGCAAAGUAAAACAAGAAUUAUAUGAAAAGGCAAAUGUCAUCGUGACUGACUGGUAUGGGGCACAUGGAGAUGACCCCUACACACUGCAAUACAGAGGGUGUGGAAAAGAGGGAAAAUACAUUCAUUUCACAUCUAACUUUCUACUAAAGGAUGACUUAACAGCUGGCUAUGGACCACGAGGUAGGGUGUUUGUCCACGAAUGGGCCCAUCUCCGUUGGGGUGUGUUUGAUGAAUACAACAAUGAGAAACCUUUCUAUAUAAAUGGGCAAAAUCAAAUUAAAGUAACAAGGUGUUCAUCAGACAUCACAGGCAUUUUUGUGUGUGAAAAAGGCCCUUGCCCCCAAGAAAACUGUAUUAUUAGUAAACUUUUUAAAGAAGGAUGUAUGUUUAUAUACAAUAGCACCCAAAAUGCAACUGCAUCGAUAAUGUUCAUGCAAAGUUUAUCUUCUGUGGUUGAAUUCUGCGAUGCACAUACCCACAAUCAGGAAGCUCCAAACCUACAGAACCAAAUGUGCAGCCUCAGAAGUGCAUGGGAUGUAAUCACAGACUCUGCUGACUUCAAUCAUAGCUUUCCCAUGAAUGGGACUGGGCUUCCACCUCCUCCUGUAUUCUCCUUUAUUCAGGCUGGUGACAAAGUGGUCUGUUUAGUGCUGGAUGUGUCCAGUAAAAUGGAAGAGGCUGACAGACUCCUUCGACUGCAACAGGCAGCAGAAUUUUACUUGAUGCAGAUUGUUGAAAUUCAUACCUUUGUGGGCAUUGUCAGUUUCAACAGCAAAGGGGAGAUCAGAGCCCAACUACACCAAAUUAACAGUGAUGAUGACCGAAAGCUGUUGGUUUCACAUCUGCCUUCGACUGUGUCAGCAGAAGCACAAACCAGCGUCUGCUCAGGGCUUAAGAAGGGAUUUGAGGUGGUUGAAAAACUGAAUGGAAAAGCCCAUGGCUCUGUGAUGAUAUUAGUGACCAGUGGAGGUGAUGAGCACAUUGGCAAUUGCUUACUUACUGUGCUCAGCAGUGGUUCAACCAUUCAUUCCAUUGCUCUGGGCUCAUCUGUGGUCGAAAACCUGGAGGAAUUAUCACAUCAUACAGGAGGUGUAAAGUUCUUUGUUCCAGAUAAAUCAAACUCCAAUAGCAUGAUUGAUGCUUUCAGUAGAAUCCCCUCUGGAACCGGAGACAUUUUUCAACAACGUAUUCAGCUUGAAAGUAUGGGUGAAAAUGUUAAACCUCACCAUCAACUGAAAAACACCGUGACUGUGGAUAACAGUGUGGGCAAUGACACUACCUUUCUUGUCACAUGGCAGACCAGUGGUCCCCCUGAAAUUGCAUUAGUUGAUCCUAAUGGAAGAAAAUACUACACAAGUGAUUUUAUCACUAACCCAGCUCUGCGGACUGCUCGCCUCUGCAUUCCUGGAACUGCUGAGCCUGGGCUCUGGACCUACACACUGAACAAUACCCACCAUUCUCUUCAAGCCUUGAAGGUGACGGUGACCUCUCGCGCCUCCAGCUCAGCCAUGCCCCCUGCCACUGUGGAAGUCUUUGUGGAAAGAGACAGCCCCCGGUUUCCCCACCCUGUGAUGAUUUACGCAAAUGUAAGAAAGGGGAUUUAUCCCAUUCUUAAUGCCACUGUAACGGCUACAAUUGAGCCAGAGACUGCAGAUCCUGUUGUGCUGAAACUUUUUGACGAUGGAGCAGGUGCUGAUAUUAUAAAAAAUGAUGGAAUUUACUCGAGGUACUUUUUCUCCUUUGCUGUAAAUGGUAGCUACAGCUUGAAAGUGCAUGUCAGUUACUCCUCCAGCAUAAGUGGCCUAGCCCACUCUGUUCCCGGGAAUCGUGCUAUGUACGUACCAGGUUACAUAGCAAAUGGUAACAUUCAGAUGAAUGCCCCAAGAAAAUCAGUGGGCAGGCAUGAGGAGGAGCAAAAGUGGGGCUUUAGCCGAGUAAGUUCAGGGGGCUCCUUUUCCGUGCUAGGAGUUCUGGCUGACCCCCAUCCUGACGUGUUUCCACCAUGCAAAAUUAUUGACCUGGAAGCUGUAAAAGUGGAAGAGGAGGUGACUUUAUCAUGGACAGCACCUGGAGAAGACUAUGAUCAGGGCCAGGCUAACAGCUAUGAAAUAAGAAUGAGUCAAAGCUUACAGAAAAUUCAAGAUGACUUUAACAAUGCCAUUCUAGUGAAUAUAUCAAAGCUACUAAGUCCUCAGCAAGCUGGCACCAAGGAGAUAUUUACAUUCUCACCAAAGCUUUUCACAAAUGGACCUGACCAUCAACCUGAUGGAGAGACACAAGAAAGCCACAGAAUUUAUGUGGCAAUACGAGCAAUAGAUAAGAACUCCUUAAAGUCUGCUGUAUCUAACAUUGCCCAGGUAUCUCUGUUUAUUCCCCCAAAUUCUGCUCCUGUACUUGCCAGAGACCAUCUUAUACUGAAAGGAGUUUUGACAGCAGUGAGUUCAAUAGGAAUCAUUUGCCUCACUAUAGCUGUAACACAUUAUAUUUUAAACAGGAAAAAGAGAGCAGACAAGAAAGAGAAUGGAACAAAAUUAAUAUAAACAAAUGUAUAGAGUGCCUUCCUUCUUAGAUAUAAGAUCCAUGGCCUUUGCACUUUACAAAAACAUACCAAUAAAGUCAAAUUGACAUCAGAA